UUUGGAUACCUAUAGCCACGGGAACAUAGACCGAAUGCCCAUUAUACACGAUAUAAACUUAUCAAUUUUUAAUGAAAUAACAGCUGUUUCCUUGAUUACAAAAUACGAUUGUACACUAUCCUACCUUUUUGCGGUAGUUUAUAGACUUGAUACUGAUAGAAAUAUUUAAUCAUAAAAUGGCCAGCGGUUCAAACAAUAUUGCUGUCCCAGCUUGUAGUGAAAUGGAAAAAAAGAAGUCUCCACAAUUAAGCUUCAAAAGAAGGACACUCAUCGCGAAUUCAGAUUCAGACGGUAGUGUAGAUAGCAAUACACCAUCUAUUGAAUCCAAGGAAGACGGGUUCGUUUAUCAAAAACGAAAGCUCGAGAGAGAACCCGGUUCCAAAAAAGUAUUUCGCCGUGGUAUUGAAUGGGAAAUUGUAGAAGGCUUAAAAGAUGGUCAAAGGUACGAUAAAAAACCAGAGCUUUACAGAGGUUAUUUACAUAAGAAACGAAAAUGGCCAUUAAAAGGAUGGCACAAGCGGUAUUUUAUCCUCGACAAAGGAAUUCUAAAAUAUGGAAAGAAUCCCAUAGAUAUGUCUCGAGGUAAAAUACAUGGUCAAGUUGAUAUAGGCCUAUCAGUUAUUUCUACAAAGUAUCAGCGUAAAAGAUUGGAUAUUGACGCUGAAGAAUUUAUAUAUCACUUGAAGGCAAAAACUUUUGAAACGUUUACUAAUUGGGUAAGAGAAAUAAAACACCAUCGUCUGUAUAGACAACAUAUUCUAACGUUUGGCUUAACUAAGCAUACUUCACCUCAAAAAACUACUUCAAUUUUAUCUCCAGUUGAAUCAGGCAAAACACCUUCUACUCGUCUUAAUGGAUGGUGUUCACAACUAGAUUCUGCAACUUCAGAAUUAAAACAUGUAGAACAAAAUAUGAAAUCGCUAAACCGUAUUCUUGAUCAGCUGGAAUCCACUGAAAAUGAUAUUGGUGCAUAUGAUGGAUUACAAACUACUAAGAAAAGUACCAGGUUUCGUCUUCGCAAAAAGAAGAGUGGAGGUGGAAGUUGGGGUGGUACAAUUGCUGGAUGGGGCAUUGAUAUGAAUCAGUCGACAAAUCAAUCUGCUAAUAAAAUGUCUAACGAUGCAGUGGAUUCGUCUGUUCAUUUUCAAAUGGGAAAUCCUUCACAAAAUUUAUCUAACAGUAAUCCUUCGUUAACUGUUAAUCCAUCAUCUAGUGACCUUCAACUUUAUACAGAUUUUGUGAUUUUAGCAAAAGAUAUACAAAACAGUUUUAAAUGUUUAAUGGGUGCAAUAACUGAAGAACGUAAUCAUUUAUUUAUUGGCGAUUCACUUGAUAAUAAACUAUCAAGUUAUAGAUCAGCGUUAAACAAAGCUAUUCAACAAAACAGUGAAUUACGCGCUAAACUAAAUAACAUACAUGUUACAGCAGACAUAUCAAGCUUUCCCGAUCCAGUUUUGAGCUCAUCAUUGUCGUAUAGCUCAGGAGUAAGUGGCUCAGAGGUGUUCUUUGACGCAGAAGAAUAUCAAGGUGGCAAAAUUACUGAGUGUGAAGAAAAUAUUUCAAAUGAAAUUGUGUCUGGCGAUGUAGCUCAUACUUCAGAUACAUCGUCUGAAGCUGGGUCUUUAUCCUCAGAAGACGGUUCAAUAUCUUCUGAAAACAGUGAUGGUGCAACUUCUGAGUAUAAUAACCAUCAAGGAGUAGUCGAUUGUGAAGGAUCGGGGGUUAUUCGAAACAUGACCGGGCGAAGGACUAAACUGCCGUGUCCCAAACCCGACACUGAAGGUUUGUCUUUAUGGAAUCUUUUGUGCAAAAACAUUGGCAAAGACUUGUCUCAAGUGUCUAUGCCAGUCGCCCUUAAUGAACCUCUCAACAUGUUACAAAGGAUGUGUGAAGAAUUGGAAUACAGUGAGCUUUUGGACAAGGCCUCUGAACAAUCUGAUGUGUACGAGCGUAUGGUUUAUGUAGCUGCUUUUGCAGUGUCUAGCUAUGGAUCAAGUUACUAUAGAGCUGGUUCAAAACCCUUCAAUCCACUUUUAGGUGAAACAUAUGAAUGCAUACGGGACGAUAAAGGUUUCAAAUUUAUUGCUGAACAAGUAAGUCACCAUCCGCCUAUUAGUGUUUGCCAUGCCGAAUCGAAGAACUUUAUAUUUUGGCAAGACGUUAGAAUUAAAACUAAAUUUUGGGGAAAAUCAAUGGAAUUCCAACCAACAGGGUAUGUUAAUGUACAGCUGAUAUGUAAUGAUAGUAAAGAUCAUUAUAGAUGGAAUAAAGUGACGACUUGUGUACACAAUUUGUUUGGCGGACAGAGAUCCGUAGAUCAAUAUGGUGAACUAAAAAUUACCAAUUUGGACAAAAAUAUAACAUGCAAACUAACUUUUGUUAAAGCAAGUUAUUUCUCAGCAAAACGCCACGAAAUACACGGAGUUGUAGUUGACGAUAACGAAGGUAGAGUAGUACGAAAAUUAUUUGGUAAAUGGAAUGAAGCUUUAUAUUGCGGAGUUGCACCUUCCGCUAAAUGUAUAUGGCGACCGGGUACGAUGCCUGAAAACUAUGAAUUAUAUUAUGGCUUUACGAGGUUUGCGAUGGAGCUAAACGAACUCGAUACAGACACAGCCAAAUACCUUCCCAAAACUGACACCAGAUUCCGUCCUGAUCAGAGGAUGUUAGAAGAAGGAGAUUUAAAUCGUGCUGAAUCAAUGAAACUCAAUUUAGAGCAAAUGCAACGUGAACGACGUAAACAAAAAGAAGAAACUGGAGAACAGCAUGAACCAAAAUGGUUUAGGAAAACAGUUAAAAACGGCAUGGAGACGUGGGAAUAUAAUCAUCAGUAUUGGGACUUGCGUAAGAAUCCAGGAUUCUCUAGUUAUUCGGUGGAAAAACUUUGGUGAAUGUUACCAUUACUAUAAUUAUCAUUCAACUUGUUCAUCGAUAACUGGUUGAUUUGAUAACUAAAGGACAACAUUUUGCUUAUUUAUCAGAUGAACAAACAGUGAAUCAAAUGGUUUUGAAAAUGAGACCAAUUAGAUAAUCUAGUCAAUAUUCCGUACACAUCAAACUGUACAUUUUCAUACAUUAUUUUAUUAAUUAAUAUUUCUUCCAUUUAAAAAUGUAUCUUUUUAUUCAAUGUUUUUCGACAUAUUUUGUGUUCUACUCGAUAAUUUAUUAUAUGAACAAUUAAUAUCAGUUUUUAUUAAAUUAAUUAGACAACAAUUCUUAAACAUUUUUUUAAAUGUUAUUAUAAUCAAACUACUCAUAAAUUAUGACUUCAUAGUAAAAAUUUUGAACUUGCCUAAACAAAUAAUAUGCGAGAGAAGUAAACAAAAAUAAACAACAAUUUUUUAUUUGUAAACAUUCAAUAUUUAUUAUUAAAGAACCUAUUAAAAAAAAGAAUAAUAGAUUACAAACACGGAAAAAAAAUAUUUAUUAAAAAUGUUAUUAAUUAUUAUUAUUUUUUAUUCAUUCAUUUGUUCUUAAAAAAUCAAAAUAGUUUUCAAGUAAUUCUCAACUGCCAAAAAUGUAUGGAAUAUAAUAAGAAUACUUAAGAAUGAAAAAAAAAUAUAUAUAACAAUUAAAUUAAAUGUUUAAACAAUUUAAACAUUUUCCAGUAUUUUUAUUUCAAUUGUUUGGUAUUGACUCUAUUAGUUUUUUGUUUUAAUUUCAUAUUUCUAAUUAUUUUUUGUUAAUAAUAAUAUAAAACUUUUUUUUUUGGAUGCCCUGUUAGGUAUUUUUAAGUAUCUCAUUAAUUAUUGAAUUAGGUUUAUGGAAUGGCAUCUAACUUAUGGUAAUUGACAUGUAUUAUAAGCAGGUAAGCUCAACAAAAUCUAUAGUAGGUGUAGCUAUACAAAAAUGUUACUUAACAACUAAUAUUGACUUCUUUUUUAUCAGUAAUCAUACAAAAUUUGGUUUAACAAAAAUGUAUUUUUAGAAAAUAUUUUUCAAUGAAAUAUUGGUAUUAUUAAUUAAAUAAUAACUUAAAAAAAAUAUAUUUCAUUUGUACUGUGAUGAAAGAAGAAAAUUGUUGUUUUAGUGUCUAUACAUUGUUGUUUUAUUUAUAGUUUACAAAAAUUGUUUUGAUAGUUGAAGUUUAAUUUAAUUUAAGUACAAGAAGUUAAGAAUAUUUUUUUAACUUCAUUGUUUAACUAAAAUAUUUUUUUGUUCAACAAUUUUCUCGCUAGUGGAAGUAAUAAAAAAGAACAAAAUAAUUGUAUUAAUAACAUAUAUGUUACUUAUCCACAUUGAAAAAUAUUAACGGCUUUAUCACUUUACACACUAUUAUGUUGUGACUGUGAUAUCCACUAAUAGUUAUUUAAGUAUUAA